AUGUCAUCGAGCAUAUCGUCGUUCGUGGGUUGUAUGUUAAAUCCUUCGACUGUAGAAGCGUAUGGGGUCAAGCACCUUGAUAAUGACGAAGUGCAAGUGAAUCAUAGACAUGAGAAUGCAACGAUUUUAUUUUUGCUUUUCAUUCCACUUUCGAUUCAAAAAUUUGCAGAAUCUGUUGACUGUGUGAGAACUUUGUUGUCUUCCGGUGUUAAUCCUUGUGUACAGAAUGAUAACAAUCAAACCGCUUACCAAGUUGCAGAAACAGAUGAUAUUAAACAAGUAUUUGUGCAGGAAUUUCUGCAUGCUGUUGCCAAGUCGAAUCUUGGCCGGGUCUGUCAAAUGAUUUCAUCUGGAGUUCAUGUUAAUUCAGUGGAUACUACGAAGACUGGAAAUACUGCUUUACAUUGGGCUGCAUCCUUUGGAAAUGAAUUUGUUGUGCGGACUCUUUGUGAAAGCGGAGCAAAUGUGAAUGCUAUCAACACCAAAGGUGAGACACCUCUUCAUGAUGCAGUGCAUCGUGGUGACGAUCCUAUAGUUCGAUGCCUAUUGCUCCACGGUGCUGAUCCUAGUUACAGGGAUGCUAAUGGUGUUGACUGCUAUGAAUUGGCUACAAAACUGAAUACAGCUGUACAGAAAACGUUAAGUAUGAAUAAUAUUAAUCGUGCAAUACGUCGAUCAACCUCCGUUGAGUCGGAAAUUGAUUGUUCGUCGAUAAUUUCAAGCGAAACUACUUGUGCGCUGUUCUCAGAUCGGAAUGCAUCAGUUUCAUUUGGUAAAAUCAUUUCUUGGACUGACCUUUUAUGGCCACAACCGAAGUAUAUCAAUCUUGAUCAAAAAAAUCGAUCAGUUAAAUUCCCUCAGGAUAAUCGACUGAAAGUUUAUUUCGUUGGAAAGAGUGAAGGGGAACCACGACGUCUCAUGCAGAUUAUUCAGAUUUCCUUCCCAUUGCUUGCCAGUAUUCAAUUAGAACUCGAGUAUAGAGGGCACAAGCUAGCGGAAUAUUCAUACUGUGAUGGAAUGGUAACCUGUGGUAUUUUUGAUAUCGGAGAAAGUCGUGGUUCUUAUACUUUGUCUAUUGGGAGUAACGGCAUUGAAUUAUAUGCUUGUGAUUAUUCUGGCAUACGAUAUGGUUUUGCAACGUUGGUUCAAAUUUUGCGCCUUCAUAGAACCAAUCUUGAGAAUGACAAGCCAAUAAAUGGAAUCGCAAGAUCUCUUCCGUGGUUAACAAUACGAGAUGCUCCGGAUAUGAUUAUUCGAGCAGUUUUUCAGGACUUCAGUGGAUGUAGAAUAUUGAACAUAGAAACAUUGCUGCAGCUAGCAACACGAUUUGGCUAUUGUAAAGCCAGUCAUCUUUUUAUCCAUUUUGAAAUAAGAACGACUGAUCGAUAUCAGUUACCGUAUACCAAUCGUGAUUUGUUUCAUGUGGCCCAAGUGUGUGAUGAACUUUUUGUACAGUUAGUGCCAUCGUUGGAUGUUCAGUCAAAGUAUAUAGAGUUGGAUGUUGCGCGAGGAGUUAUUGAUCGUUUUCUCGAUGAUUUUCCAUUGACAAGAGUAAUACACUUUGGACCAAAUCUGGCAUCAGUUAUUUUAACAAAAAAUUCACUUUUAGAUGCGAUUCAGCGUCGCGUUGCGACAAUUUUUCUGUCCGCUGAAAUUACCGAAAAAAAUAUAAAUGUGAUCAACGAAUUACCUCCAUAUGUAAUGCUAUGUGUCGAAGGCCAUCCUUUCGAAGCUGAUUCGUUUCUGUCGCCAAGACUGAAUGUUGUAUUAAAAUUUGCUGCCAUUGAUUCAGGAUAUUUAUGCGCAUCUCCAGAAUCCAUCGCUAAAAAAGCCUUUCUUGUUUCCAAACUUGGAGAAAAAUUUCCUCUUCUGGGUGCGAUAAUGUGCGAUUUGUCUACCGGAUGUGAAGUAAUACCAACAUCUCUUUCAUACUUGUCAAAUCUUGCAUCCGUUGGAGUAUGUUGGAAUAAACGAGUUGAUAUGAAACAAUAUUGUUUUCUUUUACCAAGGAUUGCCGCGGAACAUAUUUUAUUGAAUGGGAAUUUGGAAAUGUUGUUCAGGCAAGGAGUUGUACUCGGUCGAAUCGAGCAUCAGAUGACAAGAUUGAACUGUGGGAUAAAGCUUGGACCUGGUACAAUCUUGGGUCAAACUGGCGAUAAAGAAUUUGACGCAGUAAAGAAGACAUCCAUUUCAGUUUUUGUUGAAAUGAUUCUUAAUCCGGACAAUAUGGUUUUGGACAGGUUAACUCCAGUUAUAUUCAAGAAAGCGCGUGUGGAGCUGAAACGUAGCCUUCGAAUUCUAGAUGAAACUCGAAGAAAACUGCCAUAUAAUUUUGAGCUCGCAUUAAUACUUGCUGAGGUCCAGCUGGUUACAGAAUUAAUGAUCCUUGCUAGUCGAUUAGGGCAAUCUCUUUGCACUUAUGGUAUAAACCCUUCAUUAUCAAAUAAUGGCCCUUCUAAUUUGAAUAUGGCGAACGACAGAAAGGACUCAACCCCUUUAAUUGGAUAUGUUUUUGUGAAUUUUGGUGUUUCCAAUUUGCCUUUGACAGUACGCACUGAUCUCGCAAAUAGUUUAUUGGAAAUACGCAGCAGAUUUCAACAUACAUGGUUGUCCAGGAAUAUUGCCAGUACUUUACCAAAUGCUUUGAAAAUAUUUGAUAAUCUUUUUCGAACAAUGAAUUUUGCGAUCUUACAAGAAGAGCUGAAUAGUUGCAUAGCUGGUGUUAAUCGGUAUAAUCCAAAUAACGUAGAAACAUUGGAAAAAUGUGUUCAAGCAAUGGUACUUGAAAAUCAAUAUGAUAUGAAUAUACUUAUGACACUGCUAAAAUUAUAUCAGCUUAAUCCAGACAAGUACAAUGAAAGUUCGGUAAAGCAAGUCUUACUGAAAACUAUGAUGAGGAAUCCUCGAAGUGAUUUUGCCCAAGCGAAAUAUCAAAUUGACGCAAGUCGUGUUCUCUCUCCUGAAUUAAAGCGAAUUUUGGAUAUUGGUGCAUUGUUGGAGUCAUGUAAUUUUUCUGUAUUUUGGAAGCUGAUGCGUGGUGAGUAUCGGAUUACCGAUGAUGUCGAUGAGCGGUUUAGGCAACCAUCUGAAAUUCCUAAAAUAAUCAAAUCAAUACCAGGAUUCGAGGAGAGUGUUCGACAAUAUGCUUGUCUAGUAAUUAACGUCACUUUCCAGAAUAUUGAGAAAUCGUUAUUGGUUCGUCUUCUUGGUGGAGUUUCAGAUAAGCAACUAAAUGAAUACGCCAAAGAGCACGGUUGGUCAGUUAAAGAAAAUGGUGAGGUUUAUUUCAUUCAAAACCAUGAAGCAACCAUUAAAAGUCGAAAUAUUGAAGAAAAACUUCAGUUCAAAAGUAAUUUUUUCUUUUACUAUUUGGGCACAUUACAAAACGUUGAGAAUAUGUAUGCUCAUCUAUGA